UGUGUCUGGUCGGGGGGUGGAGCCAGGUAGCCGCUAUACUGACACGUAAGAAUCCUGCGUAAAUUUUAAGGAAGAAGCUACAUCUUUUCCUUAAGUGGAACGUGGAUACGGCUGCUUCCUUUCAGACUUGAUGUAUAGUUGACCUGUCCCGGACCAGCGGCUUUUUUCGGACUCUGUAGGAGCGACGCGGGACUCUCCGAGAGAGAGGAACCGACGAUCAAGAUGAGAUUUUCAGCGUUUAUUUCUGUCCUGCGGUCGGUCGGCCCGGUGGUAAUCGGUAUUUCUUUAGGGUUCACGUUGAGUUUAUUGAGUGUUAACUGGACGGAAGAAGCGUGCUAUGUAGACGGUAAGGAGGGUGAGGAUGUGACUUUAGGUCAGGAUGGACUGCUCAAAGGAGCCCGAAAGCCCAACUCCAUUUCGACCCUGAACGAUGUGGAGUCCGAGGAGGAUUUUGAACCAAGAAUAGUCCCAUAUAAACAAGUCCAACAGAGUGCACCAAAGAAAGUUUUCAGGGCUAAAUACAUAAGCACAGAGUUGGGGAUGCGAGAGCGUCUGUUCGUUGGGGUCCUGACAUCCAAAAACACCAUUAACACCCUGGGUGUAGCUGUCAAUCGCACCAUUAGCCAUCACCUGGACUCUGUAAUCUUCUUCACCGGCAUGCGCAACCGCAAAGUCCCUCACGGCAUGUUUGUGGUCUCUCAUGGAGACGAGCGACUGAUAUGGAACAUGUUUCAGACCAUCAGAUACAUCUUAGAUCAUUACAUCAAUGAAUAUGACUGGUUUUACUUUGUCCAAGAUGACACCUACACAGAGGCUGACAGGAUCAAAGCCCUGGUGGAUCACCUGAGUAUGGAUCGAGAGCUUUACAUGGGCAGUCCUGAAGAGUUCAUAGGUGGGGAGAUGGAAGGGAAGUAUUGCUACGGAGGGUUUGGAUACCUCCUGUCACGUACCUUGCUCCUGCGACUCCAGCCUUUCUUGGAAAACUGUAGGAAUGACAUCCUGAGUGCCAGGCCUGAUGAGUGGCUCGGGAGAUGCAUCAUUGAUUAUGCCAAUACAAACUGUGUCAGUGAAUAUGAGGGGCUUCAGUACCACCAUUAUGAGUUGGGAAAAAAUGCUGAUCCAAGUAAGGAGCAGAGUGAACAUUUCAAGAGAGCUCUGACCGUCCAUCCAGUAUCUGACCCCGAUCAGAUGUACCGGCUGCACAGAUACUUUACUGAGAUUGAACUCCAGAAGACUUACGAUGAGAUUGCUAAGCUGCAGGUGGAAAUAAAGAAUGUGAGUGUGGCUGCUUUUGAAGGCAACCGAAGCGCCCAGUGGCCAGUGGGGAUCAAUCCACCUUUUGAGCCCAAAUCUCGGUUUGAAGUUCUGAAAUGGGAAUACUUUACAGAGGAAGAGAUAUAUUCAUGUAUUGAUGGCUCUCCCAAAUGUGAGCUGUGUGGAAUUGACCGCAUGGAUGUGGCUGAUGUCAUUGACACGGCCAUAGGGGAGCUAAACAAGAAAUACAAGCCCAUCUUACACCUGAAGAAGCAGCAGCUGAUUAAUGGCUACAGGCGUUUUGACCCCAUUAGGGGCAUGGAGUACACCUUGGACCUUCAGCUGGAGGUGGUUAACCAGAAGGGUCAUAGCCGUUCCAUCACCAAGAGGGUUCAUCUGGUGCGACCUUUGAGCCAAAUAGAGAUAAUUCCCAUGCCUUAUGUCACUGAAGCUACAAGGGUUCACAUCAUUAUACCUCUUACUCUGCAGGACCGGAGCUAUGUUGACCAUUUCCUUGAAGUCUUUGCUUCAAAUGCCUUUGAGACGAGUGAAAAUACUAUCCUAACAUUUUUGUUUAUUUAUGACCCAGUGGAGGCACAGCAGGUUAACCAGAAUGAUAUAUUUGCCAGUGUGAAGAGUCAGAUUAAUACCUACGAACGCAAAUACCCCACAGUGAAAAUCCCAUGGAUAAGUGUCAAGACGGAAACACCAUCCCAGAUCAAGUUCAUGGACAUCAUCUCAAAGAAGCACCCGGUUGACACACUGUUCUUCUUGGGUAGUGUCAACACAAAUAUCAAUUCUGAAUUUCUGAACCGCUGCCGCAUGAAUUCCAUUAACAACUGGCAAGUGUUCUUCCCCAUCCAUUUCCAGGACUACAACCCUGAUGUGGCCUAUCACAACCAGCCACAUCCCACCACAGUUGAUCUGGUCAAGGAUGCGGGCCAUUUUGACCGCAGGUCAUUUGAAGAGUCAUGUUUUUACAACUCAGACUACAUGGCAACACGUACGCGAAUGGUGGCGGACGUUCAAGAGAAUGAGGACAUUCUAGAGACAAUGGACAUCUAUGACAUGUUUGUAAAGUAUUCAGGUCUGCACGUAUUCAGGGCAAUAGAGCCAGCUUUGCACCAGCAGUACCGCUACCAAGCCUGCAACCCACGACUCAGUGAGGACAUAUAUCAUAGAUGUGUUCAGAGCAACUUGGAAAGUCUCGGUUCUCGCUCCCAGCUUGCCAUGCUGCUGUUUGAACAAGAACAAGGGAACAGCACUUGAAAAUACCAGUGAAAUGUCUGCUCCUGCACUUGUUAAAUAGAUGUUAACAGCUGUGUGUUUGUUGUGAUAACAUCGUGAUGCAAGCUAGAAUUUGGGGUGAACAAGAGAAAUGAGCGUAGCAUCACCUCUAAAUGAACACUUACCCUUUGCCCUAAACACAACCCAUGCUUGAAGCUGUGGUUACAUACUGAAUGUGACCCCAUCUGACAUUCUCCAUCUUCCAGUGUGCAUCAAGGGUUAUUUGGUUUGUUAGAGUUUUUAGAUAGUUUGGAAAAACAAAUGCAGUACAUUCCUUAUGAAACCUUUCUUUUGUUAAUGUUUACAAUACUUGUCCAUGCAGAUGAGUACCUAGAACCAAAUGCUUUUGCUACUCUGACGAUUUUAAAAGUUGUAUUGAGCAAUUUUUUGACCACUAGAGAGCAGAAACAAAGCAGCAGUUGAGGUACUGUUGGCUUUUCUAAUUCUCAUGGUUAAGAUGUCUACCAAACCUCCAGUGGACACAGAGAUAUGUUGACAAUCCACUGGAGUCGUCUUCCUCUCCACAUGUCCAGUGAAAUUCUGAUAUUCACUGGGAUUUUAUCCUUGGUUUGGUCCACCAACUCCUGGAAUAAAUACCUUAUAAUUUUAAUAGGCUUGGAUGAACGUGUGUACACGGUACAGAUGCUCAUGUUUUUUUAUAGGGGCUGGGGGGUUUCAAAAUGGCAAAAAGCUUUAGUGGGUUGUUGCUUCUCAGUGAGAUCAGAAGUAUUAGCAGCAAUGUUUUCACAAUUAUAGAAUGUUGUGGAUUUAAUUUAAUUUUGACGUCAAAGAUAUUUUUAAAUGGAGCUUCGAUGUGUAGCUCUAAUAGAUAAACAUUAGUAUAUUGCACCACAGUUUGUUUGCCCUUUCACAUGAGGGCAUUGAAACAUUGAGCUUUUUGAUACUCGAGUAUUUUUACCAGAGCAUCUUUGUAUAUGUGCCUUGACACUGACUUUUCAUAUCCUGGCUGUUUUGAAAUUAUCUUAUUACUCCUUCAGGUGUUGCACAUCUGAUAUUUUUCACUUUUUGGUAUUGUUACAAGAAGAAUAAGGUUUGGAUGGGUGGAAGAUAUUCUCUUUCACUGUAGAUAAAGUCUGUUAUACAGCUAUGAGAAGUGAAUGGGUCAUUGGUCAUCUUUUCCUUUUUUAUAGGUGACUAAAUAUCACAAUUCCAGUCAUCAGGUUGUAUAUGUACCUCAAACCACAAAAAGGUUUCCUGGAAAGUAUCUACUGUUGGCCUUCAGAGGUUUAGUUUUUCCUCCUGGAAACAUUUUGAUGUUGCAAAAAAAAAGAAAAAAGAAAAAAAAGGUACAUGUAGAGGCAAAGAAAAAUUACAAAUAAUGGGAAAAAAUCACCUUGGUAAAUGUCUGAAGUGAUUGCCCAGGUGAGUCCUCAUUGAAGUAAGUGGUACUAUAAAACAGAAUUUAAUUAGUUUAGAAAUGACUGAAGUUAAGAAUGUACGAAAGAAUUUUCCAUGUCACCAAGUGUAGACCGUUUUUAGACAUUAGAAGAUGUUUAACUGUUCCAAAGUGUUUUUAACUGUAUUGUUAAAAUGUUGUAAGUUAUUGAAUGGUGUCACUGUCCUCCAUUUACUGAACUGGAAGUUUUCUUCCAGUCACAGUACAAUCCAGUGGGAGGCCUUUUCCACAUUACUGAGUAGUGGUGGAGCAAGCGGUACUUGACACCAGACACUUACUAAUCGAUAAUAAUGUGCAAUAUUACAGAUAACACACCUGGACAGAUGUCUGAUGGAGGACAGGACUUUUAAUGUCAGAGACAUUUGCUGCAAGUAUAGCAGUUUGUUUUAUCACAUUACUGUUCAUGACAUCACAUAAAUUAAGACUCAUACUUUCUGUUAAAUGUUAAGUUAAUACACUGUAAUCUCUUUUGACAAGACCUUUAAUAUAUUUUGCUGACACUAGACACUUUUUGUCAUCAGAUUUACUUUGAAAUACAUAGAAGUUAAGGCAACUCCUUUUAUUUAACUUUAAUUAAAUUCAAAGUAUAUGUUGGAAACACUA